CUAUGCGGAUCAGUUUAAACGCGAAGCAGAAAUCUGGAAAUAAAACAUUCGACUGAGAUUUUUUUUACGGCCGCCCGUCUCACAACCCCCGCCUCGUAUCCCCCCCCCCCCGACUCCCCCCGCAAUCUCGCCUGCUCCCCCCUCCUUCCGCCCCCCCCAACCGCACCCCCUCCCAUCGUCGCCCCCCCACAAACACAAAUUUACGACCAUGAGUUCGUUCGUGGCGACCCCGGGCGCGGGACUCGUGGACACGAAGUUUCCCGCCUGCGUCGAGGAGUUACGCGACGACGAUGAUCAUCAACACCACCACCACCAGCACCUCGACCACAAUCACCACCACCACCACGACCACUACAUCGCCGACCACGACUUCUACGAGAGCGAAGAGCUCUGCUCUGCAAACGCAACCGCUCCUCCCUUGACUGCGCCGCUAAGGGCUGGAGCCCGCCACUUAAAUCGUCAAAAUCAUCAUCAUCAGCAGCAGCAAGAGCAGCACCAUCAGCAGCAGCAUCAUCAUCAGAAUCACAACCAUCAUCAUGGCCAUCAUCAAGAUCAUCACCAGGGCCAUCAUCAUCAGCGGCAGCAUGAUGCUCAUCGGGAUCAUCAGCUGGAUGUGCUUCCCGAUUGUGAUCAGCAACAGCACCACGAUCAUCAUCAGCAGCAGCACAAACAGCAUCAGCAACACCAACACAAUAAUCACCACCAUCACCAGCUGCACCAGCAGCAGCAGCAUCAUCAUCAACAGCAUUACAAGCUACAGCAGCAGCAGCAACAACAACAGCAGCCUUCGCAGGCCCCCAUCUACAGCUGCGAGCGAGCCCACGGAGCCGGCCUCUCGGGGAUUCUAUCCCGCGCGUUGGCGGACCCCUCGAUCCGAUGCGAGGGGAUAAGCGCUCGGGACCUCGCGUCCCCGGUCCCUUUCGACGAGGGGGUUCCCCCUGCUACGGGGGUGCCCGGGCAGCCGCAGCAGCAGCAGCCGCAGGCGUCGCGCGGGGCGAGGGAGGAUGCGAUGGUGGUUUACCCGUGGAUGAAGAAGGUACACGUGAAUACAGUGGCUCCGAGCUGCCGUGGAAACGGGGAGUUGAAGCGCGCGCGCACCGCCUACACGAGGCACCAGGCGCUCGAGCUGGAGAAGGAGUUCCACUUCAACCGCUACCUGACGAGGCGACGCCGCGUGGAGGUGGCGAACGCGCUCUGCCUGAGCGAGCGCCAGAUCAAGAUCUGGUUCCAGAACCGGCGCAUGAAGUGGAAGAAGGACCAUCGACUACCGAACACCAAGGUGAAGGCGGCGGCGGCGGCGGCGGGCGACGUGCAAGCUGCCUCCGUGACGACCAUGACGAUGACUUAAAGUCGGUGGAUUUUGGUCGGCUGCGGUAGUCGAAUGUCGAUCUGUCGUGGGUCGCGAAUGGUCGCGCACGAUCCGCUUUUUCUGUCGGUGUUGGCGGGGAGUAUCGCUGCUGCUGUUGUUGUUGGUGAUGAUGGUGGUGACUGAGGUGGGUGUGCGUGUGAUGUUGAUGAUAGUGAUGGUGGUGGUGGUGAUGAUGUUACCGUUUGUUGAUAAUGAUGGCUGAGAUAUUCGUGCGUAUGUCAAUGGUCGAGUUGGUGACGAUGAUGAUAUUAUGUUUUUGUUUAUGGCUUAGACGGCUGUACGUGUGAUGUUGAUGAUGUUGUUGCUGAUGAUGGCUGAGAUAUGUGCGCACGUGAUGAUGAUGAUGAUGCUGCUGUUGAGAUAUCACUUGUACAGGGUAUAAAGUUCGCUUAAACAACCCGCACUGACCAGCCUGGUGAAAUAGCUCCUCCCCCAGGGCCCAGGCCCUCAUCCAGCAGUGGAUUUGGCAAAAAAGGGCUCCCUCCGUGUCGUUCACGCACAAAGCGUGAAAGUGGGUACUGCUUGUCAGUAUCAGGGCACUUAUUUAUUCUUAUGAACUGACGCAUACCGAUAGGUACAAGCGUAGCACAGUACAAUACGUGCGUAAUACGUACGCACAGACACAUACGCACGAGGCGAUACCAAACAACGCGCACGCGAGCUACACACGCGAGCUACACACACGAGCUACACUAGCGAGCUACGCACGCGAGCUACGCACGCGAGCUACGCACGCGAGCUACGCACGCGCGCGCACGCUUACGUUAUACAUAGAGACACAACACAGACACGCACACACACACAACAAUAGUAAGUCAGCACAUUUGGAAUCGCUGCCAUCAUUCACGGCAGCGCAGCUGCAGUUCAACACACCGCACCUCCGAUUAGCACGGGAUUUUUUUUGGCUAUGUACGGUGCGAAAGAAGUUCAACGUAAUGAGCGCACGCACGCGGAGUGCCGCUCCAACCGAUACAUUUUUUGUCUUUUAACGACCAUCAUCAAGCAAGACGGUGCGUAUUUAUAUAAUAUUACUAUAUUAUAGGCAAUGCCAAACAAACGCAGUGAUAACUAGGGGCGGCCUGCGAGCCCGAACCACGAGCCUCGACGGGAAGUAGCGGACUGCGCACAAUAAGCGCCUACUAAUUUAAAUGCAACCAAAACAGCAAUCAAUAUCAAAUGCUAGAAUCAUAAAGAUGUCAUGUACGUACACGUAUUGAAAACAAACUGAUAUAUAUACAUACACACACGUGGAAAUAAUGAUGCACGCGUAUGAUACACACGCACGCACAUAACGGAUUAUGAGACGCUUCGGAGAGGAAUACGCAUCGCCAAGUGUGUGGCUGUAAUAAAGUUAUAGAAAUAUGGUCAAUCACACAGCUCGCUCGCACACUCACAGCGUACACCUAGCACCGGAUUAUAAGACGCACACCACACCUCCCCCCCUUCCCCAACCUCUUCAUGAAAAUAACGCAGAGCCGUUGUUACAAUCCAGAGGGAAAGGUAAUUAAAUACACACACACACACCGAUACACUCGUAUACAAGACACACACACACACGUGUACGCAUACAUACGCACCCACCACAUAUACUUGCAUUCCUCCAAUGUCCUACACACAUUCCUUAAUACACGAGCCUUUGCUCGCAUUAUAUAUACACAACGAUAUAUUGUUUUAUAUUACGCGUCGACAAAAGUCUUUGUCUUGACGAACCCGGCUCGUGGUGACGAUGAU